AUGAGCAUUAGAAGAAUUAGGAUGCAGGCAUCUAGAUUCUCAUUUACUCGUCGUGGAGCUUAUAUAUUAUUUAUCAUCUUGAUAUGGUUCCUCAUUUAUCAUCUUCCAGAUCCUCCUUCCACCCAGAACAAUACCCGCGCAGACCGACCACCACCAGAGCAUCAAGUAGAGGAUACACCACGGUUUAUCUACCGCUCUCCGUUCCGAAAUAAUCCGGAUGUUGAAUAUGAAGAACAGCUAUCAAAUGCCCUGGAGAACAUUGAAAAUGCCAUAUUGGCAAGUCAGGAAAGCAACAUAUCCGAAGAUAGAAUCUGGCAGAUAGCGAAAAAUGAAAAGCACAGGGGGGAUGACUCAAUAAUAUUUCAAGGGAAAAAUAAGGAGUGGAAAUACAAUUUAGUCACUGAUAAAAAGGCCAUCGAGUUCGUGACCAAGGAACUAUCUGCCAUCCCCGAAAUCGCGAGUAUAUACAAAUCCUACCCUCAAAAUGUCCUUCGAGCAGACCUCCUCAGAUACCUCCUUCUCUGGUACUAUGGAGGCUUCUAUGCAGACAUCGAUGUCUUCCCAGCUCGAACCAUCAAGACCUGUCCAGCACUAGAGCCCUUCUUCGCACCCACACCCGAGGAAUACACACAAAACACCCAUCCCAAUGUAUCCCUUGUGGUUGGAAUUGAAGUCGACGAGCCAUAUGCUUCACCACAAUUCAUGCGCGACUGGCACUGGACAAGGAGUUACGGACUGAUCCAGUAUACAAUGUAUGCACCGCGACGUUUCAGCCCGCUUCUCCGCGAAACCAUCGUGCGGGUCUUAGCACAUACCAGGCAAUACAAUAGUGCACACAGCAGGUUUUUGCCCAGUCUGGCGUAUGACGAGAAGACUAUCUUGGGAGUUACGGGGCCUGAUGUCUUCACGGAUGCUGUUCUUGACAAACUUUCCUCUUCGCUCCCUUCGACGCAUCCGUUUGUUCAACAAUCUGUCGACGCAGAUAUAGAGAUAGGGGACCUCCUCUCUCCUGAACUUGGGGAGUUGAAGGAACGGGUAACAUGGGCUCCGUUUCAUAGACUUCGUGAUCCUGUUUGUAUCCAGGCUGAUGAGGCUGCCCCGAAUGCAUAUAUGGGUGGACUAUGUGUGUUGCCGAUCAGUGUUUGGGGGAAUGGACAGAGACAUAGUCAGGCGGGAGGGUUUAAUCACGGUAACGCGUGUGUCAAUCAUCGGUUUGGGCGGACGUGGAAGAAAGGGUGGUGGGAGUAUAUAUUUGGGUGA